AUGCAGCUGCAAGGGGCUCCAGACGCCAUUAUGUGCCGAGCGUUUGCUACUACCCUUAAGGGUACCGCCAGAGACUGGUAUCGAACUCUUCGACCAGGAUCUGUUGGUUCCUUCCAAGGGAUGGAGCAAAUGUUCAUUGGCCACUUCCUCAGUAGCCGAAGAGUUGCCAAAACAACAGGCCAUCUAAUGAGUAUGGUGCAAAGGGACCGGGAGACUUUAAAGAACUUCAUGCACCAUUUCAACACAGCGACCCUAGAAAUCCGCAACUUGGAUAUGUGGGUAGCUUUGGCCGCCCUGACAACGGCUCUCCAACCCGGAAGUUUCUUAUAUUCCCUUGGAAAAAAACCUCCAGUGGACAUGGGGGAGUUAAUGAUUCGAGCAGAGAAAUACAUAAACCUAGAGGAGAUGAUGGACACGAGAGGAAAUCGUCUAGAACGGAAAAGGAGGAACAACGGCAGAGAAUCUGGAGACGUGUAUAGACCUACAAAAAGGCACGAAACUAGUGCGCUGCAAACAAGUCAAAAGAGUAGAGGACAGCACAACAAGUUCUCCACCUACACACCUUUAAAUGUACCGCGCUCAGAGUUGUUGAUGCAGAUAAAAAAGAAGGACUACGUCUCAUGGCCCGAACCUAUGCGAACGCCUCUACAUAAGCGGAACAUGUCCAAAUUUAUCAAGAAAGAAAAUUCACAAAGGGAAUCCACCGAGCAGAGGAGGCACGGCCCAAAAGAGAAGGAAGAGCAAGCUAUUGGGGAAAUUACGGUGAUCUUUGGAGGAUCCGCCAGUGGAGGAGAUAGUGGAAGUGCACAUAAAAGAUAUGCUAAACAGGUGCAGACGAUAGAAAAGGGGGAAACCAGUAGCAAACGAAACAAGAAAGGUGAUGCCAUAACCUUUGACAGCGGAGAUGAAGAGGAAGUGCAGCAGCCGCACGAUGACGCGCUAGUGCUCUCCCUACUUGUAGCCAAUUACAUGGUUAGGCGUAUACUGGUAGACAAUGGGAGCUAG